GAAAACUACUUCUUUGUAGUCGCCCUAAGUCAGCCAAUAGUUAUUGUUUUACAGUCGUCUUUGUAAUCACUUGUUACGCGGUUUCAUAUCAAUAAACUCAGAAUAACUCGAGUAAACUAAAGCUAAUAUGAACCAAAGUAAACGAAAAGUGAAUGGAAGUUGUUUUCAUAGGACAGAAUGUUUCGCCAAUCAGCAGCCUUGCCAAAUGAGUUGUUUACGUCGUAGCCAAUUAUAUUUUCACAGUGACUUUGAGUUGCAGCUUCUGAUUGGAUGUUGGACAAAUCUGUCAAAGAGGUCUUCAGUGCCCAGAUAACCAGAAGACACACGAAUGCUAAUUUAAUGAUGGACUUUAUGACGUAAAUCCCUCUACAAAAAUGUCACACACAAACAGAGAGCUGGUGAAAUACUUCAUAUCUGUCAAACUGGCUAGUAAAGGUUACAGCUGGAAUCAGUUGGCUUCACUUGAUGGAUCACCUACUGAAGUUAACCACAUCCACAGUGGAAUAAAUGGAGAGGCUAAUGGUGCUGCUAGUGGGAACAGUCUUCCUGGCAUACAGGAUGUUAUAGAAAUUGAUGCUGUUAAGCAGGCCAUGCAAGAAGCGGGUAAUGAAUUUGAAUUGCGGUAUCGCAUGGCCUUUAAUGAUCUGACUUCUCAACUCCAUAUCACUCCAAGUACAGCAUACCAGAGCUUUGAGCAAGUUGUAAAUGAACUCUUCCGGGAUGGUGUGAACUGGGGCCGUAUUGUAGCUUUCUUUUCCUUUGGAGGUGCACUGUGUGUCGAAUGUGUAGAAAAAGAGAUGGGGUUAUUAGUUGUGCGCAUCGCAGAAUGGAUGACAACGUACCUGAACAAUAACUUAGAUCCCUGGAUCCGAGACCAUGGUGGAUGGGGCGUCUUUGGAAGUCUUUAUGGACACAACGCUGCUGCAGAAGUCAGGAAAUCCCAAGAACUUUUCAAGUGGGUGCUGACUGGUGCAUCUGUGGCUGCAGGAGUCUUGUUGGUCUCUUACCUCGCUCACAGGCGUUAAAUAGGACAUUCUUGCAUAGACUUCGACAACAUAAGGCGACUUGUUAACACUGCACAGUUCUACAGUCCUACUUUAUGGAGCAAACAGCUGUCCGAUGUUAUCAUUUUAAAAUAAAAAAAAGGUGGAAACAUUGUAAUGGGAUGUGUGAUUCAUAUGUGUGUGUGUUAGUUGUACAUAUAUAGCUAUUACAAUAUUUUUUAUUCAGUUAUUCAUACUGCACACAUCUAGUGUGCAGGUAAUAUGGUUGUAUGUUUAGAAAGGAUGUUUAUUUUCAACUGUUUGUGUGUUGAAUGUUCUGGGUUACCAAAUCCUGUUUAAGUUGCUUACAAAAUGUUUGAUAUUUUGUAACAGAAAAGCAAAUUCUGCACUAGACACACAUUUAGGUGGACAUUUUAUUUCUGAAUUCAUGAUUAGUUGACAUGGAGAAACUGAAAUGCUCAGAGCCAUUGAAAAAAUGAAUACUGCAAUAAGCUGUUUGCCCAGUGUGGCAGCCUAGACCUGUUUUGCAGUAGCCUGCUGCCAUUUUGACAACCUGCUAAGUAAAGAUUGAAGGCUAUGACUUCACCUAAAACCUUAUAUCAAAACGGAGCAUGAUGACUUGAAGUAGCUUAUAGGACUUCCCGUAAUCAGUGUGUGUGUAUAUAUAUAUAUAUAUAUAUCACCUCAAGUCUCCACUGAGAAGAGGCCAUUGACUUAGUGGGACCAACCUGAAAAACAAAGUGUAAGUAAAAUAAGCUUUCAGUACCUGAAUUACAAACAGCAGUGUGUUUUGUCAGAUUCUGGGUGCUCCUUCUUUGAUUACUUUGUACAUCUCCAGACUUAUUUCUUUAGCAUCACAUCAUCAUUUUGGAAGCAGGGCUUAUUUAGUGUGGCAUUCCAGGUUUGAUUUUGUGCUUGACAGGUUGUUUGAAGUGAUAGCUAGAGAUAUGUCCGCUAAAACAAAAAUUUUUAAAGGUAAAAUUUGGCUAGCUCACUUUAUUGGGCAAGCAGUUUCCCAAAAUGUACUGCUGUGUAUCGUUUCAAUGGCUCCUGAAGAAGGAAUCUGGCGGUGCUUUUCCUUUCUUUAAGACUGCGAGCAGGUCUUUUGAUGCAGGAUUGGGUUUUCAGUAAAAUGUUACUGGUUUAACACAGCGGUCUGGUUAGUUGCAUUUCCCCCAUUUUUGCAGCAGUCUUGGGACCAGUCUAAACUUUUUGUUGCAUGUUUUUGGCUGCUGUUACCCACCAGCACAUGUCUAGCUGCAGCUCAUUUGCAAUGUGUCUCACAGUGACAUGGAGUUUGCUACACCCACAGUUCAGAGUCGCUUGCAAGGUUGAAAUCAGUGUGUUUUAAUUUUCGGGAUUUUUAAUUUAUUUCCUAAUACUGUUUCCUUAUAUAUAAGGAGAACAUUUUACUACUACAAAAAUAUAUUCUGUGACUUGUAGCUAAGAACAGACAAAAAAAUUGCUUCUGAUUGUAGAAGUUUAAGGGAUGAAAGCAUCCCUGUUUAUGUUGAAAUUCUUUUGAAUUGAGUUCUGCAAAUGCUGUGUACUGAGUCAGGAAUGCUACUGGGAAAAGUUCUGCAAGCCGGGUCUUUUAUUUUUAUUCAGACUCCCGUUUCUUCAGGUGGCUAGUUUCAGGAGGCAAUAUUUAGAAAUGCAAGGCACAAUAUUGCAAUUGUAACUUUUCUUUUAAUAAAAAGAGAAGAAAUGUGAUAUUUUUA